AUGCAGGGCACGCGGAGAGCAUGGUGUGUGCGCUGUUGCUGGCCACGAGCAUUGCAGCACUUUGCCAGCGAGUCUUUUCACCACCCCAAACAGGGUUGGCAGGUGAGUUCACUUGGCAGGCUUUGCAACACCAGAGGAGUCAUUUCCAACGGCUCUCUCCAAGCAGAUGGUUACAAGGCCGUUCAAAUCUGCGGGCGGAAGUGGCCAGUUCAUCGCGUAGUGAAGAUCACCUUUGAUGGGCUUCCCAUAUCUGAGGAAGCCUGGCAAGUGCAUCAUGUGGAUGGCAGCCGAGCCAACAACCGCUUGGACAACCUGAGGUAUGUAACACCAAGCGAAAAUGUGCGGCACUCAUACUCCAGCCAUUCGAGGUGCACGUGUGGGCCUGCGCAAUCGAAGACUGUGCUGUGGAGACCUGUUGGGUCUGCGAACUGGAUAAGAAACCCUUCUGUCACAGCAGCAGCUCAACAGCUGGGCAUGAGCAGAGAAACUGUGUCAAGAUGCUGCCACAAGAAUACUGCAGCUAGAGGUUACGAGUUUAGCUUCCGAGACCAGUGCGACUUUGCUUUGCCUGGAGAAGAAUGGAGACCAAUGGUCAAUCCGGUAUCAGGAGCUUUAGUGCCGGGACGGAAAGUCAGUUCUCUUGGCCGCGUCACGUCACGGACUGGGUUGAUAGGUAGGGGGCACCUGAUUCGAAAGGGUUACUACACGACGCAGGUGCAAAGCCAGAACUCCUUUGUUCAUCGACUGGUAGCAAUUGCUUUUCUUGGGCCGCCGCCUUCGGCUCACCAAACCUGUGUGAAUCACAAAGAUUUGGACAAAGGCAACAAUGCUGUGGACAAUCUGGAGUGGGUCUCUCCGGCUGAAAAUCUCUUUCACUUUUAUGCAACCUCCAUCCGUGAGGGGCGUGAGGGUAGGACCACGGCAAAGCCUGUUUGGAGCCGGCCCCAUGGAACUGACGCUGAGUGGAGGUGGCAUCGCUCCAGGACAAGUGCCGCAAGUGAACUUGGCCUUUGCCGACGUAGCAUUUCCCGAUGCACCCACGGGCUGCAGUGGCAAACCGGCGGGUUUGAGUUCCGAGAUGCGCAUCAGGCAGACGCCUUGCUCCCUGGCGAAGAGUGGCGAGAGAUACAUUUGCCGUUACUUGAAAGAGACAGAGAGGCGCGCCGACGAUGGUCUUGA